UAAAUACCAUUAAACGAUAAAUGAAAAAUUAAGAUUAAACCCAGUAACAAUUUCAGGGUACAAAAAAAUCAAUCGAUGAAUUUUAAUUUUUCGCCGCAUUUUAUUUGGACAAACUUCGGGUUUCAAAAAUAACCGCAAAAUAGAAAAAAUUCUGUUAAAAAAUGUUAAAUUUAAAAUUAUAAUUUUUUGACACUCUACACGACAGAUAUAAAUGUAUAUACAUAACAUUAAUACAAAUAAAUUGUUAAUGAAUUCAAAGAUAUUUGAAUAGAACGAAAAUAAAAUAAUAAAAUGGCUUCCGAGGAAUAUAAAUUUUUUAAUAAGCGUAAAACGUCAUCAAACGUCGGAAAACAACAACUGGAGACGGAUAAUGCGAUACAAGUCAGCAGAUCGAUUCUUCGAGGAUUAAGAUAUGUAACGAACGAAAAAAAUGAAACGAACCAGGAAAUGGAACAUGAAAUAGACUACGAGGAUGAGUGGAUUAAUAAAUUAGCUGUAAUCGACGACGAACACUCGAGAAAGAAUGGUUUAAAUGAACGUAACAUAGAGAAACUUCUUCAAAGUCUUACUAGUAAAUACGCACACAUGAAACCCGAACGAUAUUGUUCUUCUCAGGCAGAUAGAAUCAUUCAAGAUUCUAAACAAUCCAUAGUAAAAUAUUAUUAUACUUCAAGUCACGAAUUAUUUAAAAAGAAGUUUUACGAAUGCAAUAAAUGAAAUUUAUUAAUUAAAGGUAACUAAUUGCUUGCAAAAUAAAAAAUCCGACGGUGUUAGUUGCGCAAACGACGUUGAAAGAUACAAAACGUGCGUCGACGAAUCAUUGCGCGAUGUUGUUCGCAAAGAUGGCAAAUACGAGCGCAAGAAACGUCGGAAAAAAGAAAGUUUUACGGAAGCAUUCGAACGGAAAUACCAAAUUUCGUUUAUAACAGAAUCGAAGGAAUAAAUAUAUCUGUAUAUGUUAAUUAUCACUGAUCAAAUAAUUUGCACGAAAUAUGAAAGUAAUACAUUUUAUAUAUAUUUAUUCAUCUUUAUUUCAUUCAAAUGAAUUACUGAACAAAUAUUACGCUACUAGAUUCUUCGUUUGACUACUCAUCUCCCAAGAAUAAAAUUAUUGUGCUUUCCCGAGUUUCCUAGCAUCUUCGAGUGUCUUUUCAACAAUAGUGUUCCAGGUAUCCUGAUCGUUCUCUGCGUACCACGAUACAAUUUUAUCAUAGAAUUGCACCUGCUUCGCAGUGCACUUUUUGCAGUUCGUCGUGAAGAUAUCAACAAACUUGUCUGUAACAAUAUGAAAAAGAACAUUCAGAAAAUAUAUUUAUCUGAAGGAAGU